GUUCGGUACAGCCUAAUAGUCUCCUGCAGCUGUGUGUUUUGGGCAGCUGGACGUGUGAGGUUCAUUUUUUAAACUGGGGCUCAAAUUUAGAUUUAAUGAAAAACACUAACUGCGUUCUUUACUGCGCGUAAAGAGAUAAGAGCUCCACAUCAUGCCCAGCAAUGUGUUGGUGAAAAACCUGGAGGACCUGUGCCUAGACUCGGGUUAUGUGGCGGUGGAAAACUUUCCGUCACUCAGCUUGUCCUCUUCGGGCAGGUCGAGGGACUCACAGCCACAUACGAGCACGCUUCACCGGGGUCCCUGGUGGCAGCAUACCGGCUCCUUGUACAGCGGAAACGGCAGCUGGGAGACGGUGAGCACGCUGCCGGAGGACGCGGGGGACAUCCUAGCCAAGUGUCCCUUGUUGCCCGAGUUGGAGGAGUAUCCCUGGACCGAGCAGGAGCUGCUGGAAGUUGUGCGUAAAGUGUCUGGCUCGAAUGCGUCAUUCACUAGGGAGGCAGUCCAGCGGCUGUCUGUCCUGCUCCGGAGAGCUUUGGUGCGGAUCUCCCGGGAGGCGCAGCGGCUGAGUGAGCUACACAGGCGGUGCACACGGCUGGAGGUCCAGAGUGCAGUGAGGCUGGUGUUGAGCUGGGGUCUCGCCGAGAAAUGUAUCUCAUCUGCUGUGAAGGCUGUGUCCCUGUACUGCAUGAACUCCGGGAACACUGCGCGUCAGCGCAGCAAGUCCUCGCGCUGCGGGCUCACGCUGUCCGUGGGACGAUUCUUUAGGUGGAUGGUGGAAACGCGCGUGUCGAUUCGCAUACACGAGUACGCUGCCGUAUGCCUGGCAGCCUGCGUGGAACGUUUGGUGGAAGAAGUGGCAGGACGUGGGCUGCAGGCGGCGAGGCUGACCGCGGAAGAGGAAAGAGGGCAGGUCGAAGGGGUCAUUUGCAGCCCAGUGACCGCGGAGAUGCUGGAUGCAGUUGUGGACAACGACGCAGAGCUGUGGGGGCUGCUGCAGGUCUACGAACAUCUCAUAUCUGGCAAAAAUGCCAAUGGCGAGCUGUCACUCCCAGCCCAAAUCAGCCCAUACACAAAGAUUCCAAAGGAGUCGAAGGAGAGCAAGGAAGAUGCCUACAUUCAGCUGGAGCUGCGGAUGCUGGAGCUGCGGAUGCUGGAGCAGGCGCUGCUCGCCACGUGCGUUGGCAGCAUUGCAGAGCUCAGUGAUCUGGUGUCUCGAGCGAUGCACCACAUGCAGCGCCUGCGAAGCUCGAGCCCCUCCAUCAGCCACACCUACUCAGCCAAUCAGCUGCCAGUAUCAUGGGCUCCAGAUGCCCUCCACACACUCUACUACUUCCUGUCCAGCCCACAAAUUGAAUCACUAGAGAAUCCAAACUUUGAGCCUCCGAUCAUGAUGCUGAGCAGAGAGAGGCCAUUCCUGCUCCUCCCUCCUCUCAUGGAGUGGAUUCGUGUUGCUGUGGUGCACGCUGAACAUCACCGUAGCCUAUUGGUUGUUAGUGAUGAUGUCAGACAGGCAGCCAGACAACUCCUCCCAGGAUUAGACUGUGAGCCCAGACAGCUGAGGCCAGAGUGCUGUGUCCAGUCAUUUAAAUGCCUGGAUGCAGAAGCUGCUUCAGCUAAAUUCCAGUUGGAUUUGGGAUUCAGGAUGCUCUCAUGUGGCCGAGCAGACCUGGUUCAUCAUGCCACUCGGCUUCUAGGACCUGAAGGUGUCAACACUAUAGACAAUCAGGGGAUGACUCCUGUAAUGUAUGCCUCAGCAGCAGGAGAUGAAGCCCUAGUGCAGGUGCUCAUUGAAGCUGGAGCUAACCUGGAUCUGCAGGUUCCAGGCAGCUCUGCCAAACACCCAUCUGUUUACCCAGGCAGUCGGCACUGGGUGGCCUUGACAUUUGCUGUGCUUCACAGUCACCUGUCCGUGGCUCAGCUGCUUUUGGAGGCCGGAGCAGAUGUGGAGGGUGGAGCACUGCUGGACGAUCAGGAGAGCUCAGCUGAGACGCCACUACAGUUAGCUGCUGCUGCAGGUUACUACGACAUGGUUAGCCUGCUGCUCGCUCAUGGAGCAGACCCUUUACUCAAAGUCCAUCAUGGGAAUUCACCUCUGUAUGAAGACAUGAACUGCUUCAGCUAUGCGGCAGCACACGGACACAGAAACAUCCUUAGGAGGCUGCUGCAGCAGCUGCAGCACAAGAAGGAGGACAUCCUCUCUCUGGAAGAGAUCCUAGCUGAAGGAGUGGAGGAGGAGCAAGUAAAAACUCCAACACUGCCUCCAGCUACUGACUCUCCAAGCAUUGUUCCAAGAUUGUGUAAGGCCAGAGUGAAGGGUCUGCAGCAGGCAGCCUACUACAGUGCUGAGCAUGGCUACCUGGAUGUCACCAUGGAGCUGAGAGAAAUGGGUGUUCCCUGGAGGCUGCACAUCUGGUUAGAAUCUCUGCACAGAGCCCAACAGCUGUGCAGGGACGAUGUCAUCAUAUCCCUCCUCACAGAGUUUCCCUCCAUCAGGAUGGAGGACUACAGCCCCGAUCUGCUUUCCACAGGCAUCCCGCUCAUGUUCAGCAUGUCGAAGACCAGCAAGGACUACAUGGUAACAAAGCGGCUGGCGAUGGUCUUUUCUCACUGCUACGGCUCCUCUCCUGUUCCUCCAGUCCCACUUAUAGACAUCACUCUGUCCACACAGCUGGAUAUUCAUUUCCUGAACAAUGACGAGAUGUCAGAUGUGACAUUCAUGGUGGAGAGGCGCCCAUUCUUUGCACAUCGGGUGCUGCUGAUGUCUGCAUCAGAAAGAUUUCGCCAGUUGCUCACAGAUUCCCCUGACAACAUCAUCCACAUCAAUCACAUGACCUACAGCACCUUCCAGAUGAUGAUGAAGUCUCUGUACUGUGGAGGAACAGAGGGGCUGACUGUCUCUCCCUCUGAAGCCUUGAAGUUGCUGCCAGUCGCCACUUUCUUCCAGCUUCGAGGUCUGCAGAGAUGUUGCGAGAUGACGCUGUCACAAAGUCUGACUCUGGACAAUGCUGUCAGCAUCUACAAGGCUGCUAAGCACCAUGGAGGAGCUGAGCUCUGCAGGUUUUGUGAAGGAUUCUUCCUGCAGAACAUGGAUGGGCUCUUGGACAAGGAGGAUUUUCACCGCCUGCUGCUAGGAGGUCUCAGUCAGGAGCUGCUAUGCCCAGGGUUGGGCACCUGUUCUAAACUGGACCAGGAACAGGAUCUACCAGUCCUCCUGAGGGACUUGGAGGAUGUACUUAUACAAAGAAUUUACAGCCUCCACCCUGCAUGUCGAGAGUAGAAAUGGUGAAAAUGUGGACCGUGUUCAGCCACAUUUGUAUGUGUAUCCGGGGAUAAUAGCCAUACUGUAUAUAGUGUAGAGACAACAUGUUAGUAUAGAAGAAGCACAGACUCCCAUAUCACUGAUCUGAAGUCAUUUCACAUUAAUUAACAUUCUAGUUGCAGUUUUUCCUGAUUUGGUUUACUUUGACUGUUGGUCAGAAAAAAUGAGAACUUCACCUUU